GUGCCGAGUGUCGGGGAAAAAUGCGUGACCUUUCUAUUCUGUUAUAUACGAAUAAACGAAAUUUAGAAUUGGAACUUAUGUUGGAAAAAGUAUGAGAGAUGUGGGGAACUGAAAUUUAUCAAAUGGAAUGCUCCACGUUCACAAAUAAGUGGAAUAAUCGGGCUCAUUAGGUCACUGAGUAGAUUACUAAAGUUUAUUUUGUCCCAUAUGCCUUUUUUUAUGAGGAAACAAAAUAGAACAAAAAACGAAAAGCUCAUUCCUCUUAUCUCCUGAUGUUAUCCGGCGGUCAGCGAAAUAGCUCUUGCUGCUGAAAGUUACAUUUCAUUUUAUAAUUAUGACUGAGGAAUAUUUUGUCGGUGUAGAUGUUGGAACAGGUAGCGUUCGGGCAGCCCUUAUUUCUAAGGACGGAAAAACAAUCUCCUUGGCUAACAAUCCUAUUCAAACUUAUAAACCACGGGAUCAAUUCUAUGAACAAUCGUCUAACAAUAUCUGGAUGGCUUUGUGUUACGCCGUUAAAAAAGUCGUCGCUAGUGUUCCAAAGGAAAGUAUUAAGGGAAUUGGAUUUGCUGCUACGUGUUCUUUGGUAGUUAUAGAUAAAGAUGAAUCGCCAGUUACAGUCAGUCCAUCUGGUAAUGAUGAACAGAAUAUUAUACUCUGGAUGGACCACAGAGCAGAGUUGGAGGCAGAAUUAAUCAACUCAACAAAUCACAAAGUACUCAAAUAUGUAGGAGGUAAAAUAUCCUUAGAAAUGCAAGCACCGAAAAUGAUUUGGCUGAAAAAUCACAUGCCUGGUUCCUGGGCCCGCGCUAAACUUCUUUUCGAUCUUCCCGAUUUUCUCACAUGGAAGGCAACUGGUUCAGAAUCUCGAUCUUUAUGCUCUUUAGUCUGUAAGUGGAAUUAUGUCGCCAGUCCUAAAGAGAAUGGUUGGAAUUCCGAUUUCUUCGACACGAUUGGUUUAUCUGAUUUGAAAGAAAAUAACUGGAAACGAAUAGGUUCAGUCAUCAAAGCUCCCGGAGAACCUGUCGGUUCCGGCUUAUCAAAACAAGCAGCAGCAGAAUUAAAUUUACUCCAAGGAACACCAGUUGGAACUUCAGUUAUCGAUGCUCAUGCUGGUGGAUUAGGAAUGCUGGGUUGUGAUUCUCCAGAUCUGUCCACUGAAUUGACAAGCAGACUAGGAUUAAUCUGCGGCACCUCAACAUGUCACAUGGCUGUUAGUCAAAAAGAGAUUUUCAUUGAUGGUGUAUGGGGUCCUUACUACAGUGCUAUGUUUCCUGGAUUGUGGCUUAGUGAAGGUGGUCAGAGUGCAACUGGAAAAUUGAUAGAUCAUAUCAUCGAUACUCAUCCUGCGACUUUUGAAAUUUACGGGAAACUAGAAGAAAAAUGGCACAUCCAACAAUAUUUACAUAAUCUCUUAAAAACAAUGGCCAGGAAGGAAAAUCUCUUGAAUGAAUCCUACUUGACAAAGGAUCUCCAUGUGUGGCCAGAUUUCCAUGGAAAUCGAUCUCCUCUUGCAGAUCCGACUUUACGCGGAAUGAUAUCGGGACUUUCUCUAUCCUCUGAUGAGGAAAGUUUAGCAAAACUGUAUUUAGCGACUCUGCAGGCCAUAACUUAUGGAACAAAACAUAUCAUUGAGGCCUUGACUUUAGCAGGACACAAGAUAGAAGUAGUUUUAAUCUGUGGUGGUUUAAGUCGCAGUGAAUUAUUUGUACAGACUCAGGCUGACGUUUUAGGAUUGCCUGUUUUGAUUCCGGCCGAAAAGGAACCAGUUAUGCUCGGUGCUGCAAUUUUGGGUGCUUCCGCUGGGAAAUAUUCCUCUAUUCAAAGCGCUAUUAAAGCUAUGAAAAGUUUGUCCAAUAUUGUAAAACCUAAAGCUGAAUCUUACCCAUUCCACUCUCAAAAGUAUAGAGUUUUUAAAAAAAUGGUUGAAGAUCAGAAAAGUUAUAAAAGACUAAUGGACCAAGAUCUUUAACGGGAAAGCACCCUAGACUUAAAAAAACCCCAUGCAUUCUUAAUAGGAUGAAUUAAUUCCAACUACACAGUAUAAAAUGAAAAUAUAUAUUUUUUUAUUCAAA